GGCGGCCACCUGGCCCGGGCCACCCCGUCCAGGAGGAGCAUCAGCAAAGUGGUGUACGAUGACCACGAGAGCGAGGAGGAGGACGAGGACGAGGACAUGGUCUCCGAGGAAGAGGAGGAGGAAGAGGGGGACCCCGAGGAGACGCAGGACUCCGAGGAGGAGGAGGAGGAGGAGGAUAUUAUGGAGGAGGACGACGACGACGAUGACUCCGAUUAUCCCGAGGAAAUGGAAGACGACGACGAUGCCAGCUAUUGCACCGAGAGCAGCUUCAGGAGCCACAGCACCUACAGCAGUACCCCAGGUAGAAGAAGACAGAGAGUACAUCGCCCUCGUUCUCCAAUAUUGGAAGAAAAAGAUAUCCCACCUCUUGAAUUCCCUAAAUCCUCUGAGGACUUAAUGGUGCCCAAUGAGCAUAUAAUGAAUGUUAUAGCCAUCUAUGAAGUCCUGAGGAACUUUGGCACCGUUUUACGCUUAUCUCCUUUUCGUUUUGAGGACUUCUGUGCUGCCCUCGUUAGUCAAGAGCAGUGCACACUUAUGGCAGAGAUGCAUGUAGUGCUUUUGAAAGCAGUUUUACGUGAAGAAGACACUUCAAAUACUACCUUUGGACCUGCUGACCUGAAAGAUAGUGUUAAUUCCACACUAUAUUUCAUAGAUGGAAUGACAUGGCCAGAGGUUCUGCGGGUAUAUUGUGAGAGUGACAAGGAGUACCAUCAUGUUCUUCCUUAUCAAGAAGCAGAGGACUAUCCUUACGGACCAGUACAAAAUAAAAUCAAAGUUCUGCAGUUUUUAGUGGAUCAGUUUCUUACAACGAACAUUGCUCGUGAAGAAUUGAUGUCUGAAGGGGUGAUACAAUAUGAUGACCACUGUAGGGUUUGUCACAAACUUGGGGAUUUGCUUUGCUGUGAAACUUGCUCAGCGGUAUACCAUUUAGAGUGUGUGAAACCACCUCUUGAGGAGGUACCAGAGGAUGAAUGGCAGUGUGAGGUCUGUGUGGCACACAAGGUACCUGGUGUAACUGACUGUGUUGCUGAAAUCCAAAAAAAUAAACCAUAUAUUCGACACGAACCUAUUGGAUAUGACAGAAGUCGGAGGAAAUACUGGUUUCUAAAUAGAAGACUCAUUAUAGAGGAAGAUUCAGAAAAUGAAAAGGAUAAGAAACUUUGGUACUAUAGCACAAAGGUCCAGUUGGCAGAAUUAAUUGAUUGCCUAGAUAAAGAUUACUGGGAAGCUGAGCUUUGUAAAACUCUAGAAGAAAUGCGUGAAGAAAUUCAUCGACAUAUGGAUAUAACUGAAGACCUGACUAAUAAAGCACGUGGAAGUAACAAAUCGUUCCUUGCUGCUGCAAAUGAUGAAAUUUUGGAAGCUACCAAAUCCAAAAAAGGAGGUGACAUUGAAGAUGCUAAGAGUCCAGUUCCAGAAGAAGCAGACAAGGACAAAAAUGAAUCUGAAAAUAAUAGCCAAAAAGAUUCUGAGAAAAGCAAACAAGAGCUUUCAGAUCAACCCCAGGAGAAAAGCAAAGAAGAAAAAACAACUGGUGGUGAUUCUGAGAAAGGAAAACCAGAGGAGCCAAAAGAUGUUGGGGAUAAAGGUAACUCUGUGUCAACAAAUACUGGCGACAACACAACAAAUACUUCUUCAGGAGAGACUAGUCCCUCUGAAGGGAAGAGCACAGUGGGGUGCCCCUCAGAAACUCAUGAUAGCAACAACAUGGCAGAGAAGAAGGUGGCUCCUGAGCUACCCCAGGAUGUACCAGAAGAAUCUACCAAGUUGAAUGAUGGCAGUAGUACUGCUACCGUCCCCAGCCUGCCUUACACCGAAAACAGCAACAGCAGCAGUGAACUAAAUUCUUCACAGAAUGAAUCUUUCACUAAAACAUCUGACGAUCCUGAAAAUGGAGAAAGGGAAUCUCAUACACCUUUCUCUGUUCAAGAGGAAAUAGAUUUCAAAUCGGAGAAGUCUAAUGGAGAAAGAAGUGAUUCCCCUGGAACAGGGAAAGGUACACCUGGCUCAACACGAAUGGUCACAAGAUUACGAAAUCCAGACAGCAAGCUGAGUCAGCUAAAGAGCCAACAGGUUGCUGCAGCAGCACAUGAAGCAAAUAAAUUAUUUAAGGAAGGCAGAGAGGUCCUGGUAGUUAACUCUCAAGGAGAAAUUUCACGAUUGAGCACCAAGAAGGAAAUCAUUAUGAAAGGAAAUAUCAACAACUUUUUCAAGCUAGGUCAAGAAGGGAAAUAUCGUGUCUACCACAAUCAGUACACCACCAAUUCUUUUGCACUGAACAAACACCAGCACAGAGAGGACCAUGAUAAGAGAAGGCAUCUUUCACAUAAAUUUUGCUUGACUCCAGCGGGGGAGUUCAAAUGGAAUGGUUCUGUACAUGGGUCCAAAGUACUUACAAUAUCCACCCUGAGGUUAACCAUCAUCCAGCUGGAAAACAACAUCCCUGCACCAUUCCUGCAUCCCAAUUGGGCCUCUCACAGGUCAAAUUGGAUCAAAGCGGUUCAGAUGUGUAGCAAACCUAGAGAAUUUGCUUUGGCUUUGGCCAUUUUGGAAUGUGCCAUUAAGCCAGUUGUCAUGCUGCCAAUCUGGCGAGAAUCUUUAGGACAUACCAGAUUACACAGAAUGACAUCCAUUGAAAGAGAAGAAAAGGAGAAAGUGAAAAAAAAAGAGAGAAAACAGGAGGAGGAAGAAACAAUGCAACAAGCCACAUGGGUGAAAUAUACAUUUCCAAUCAAACAUCAGGUUUGGAAACAAAAAGGAGAAGAGUAUAGAGUAACGGGCUACGGUGGUUGGAGUUGGAUUAGUAAAACACAUGUUCAUAGGUUUGUCCCUAAAUUGCCUGGAAAUACUAAUGUGAAUUACAGAAAAAUAUUAGACACCAAAAAUCUUGACGCUGGUGAAAAUGAGUGUGAACUUGAUAAAAGAAGAAGUCUAACGCGAAGUCCAACAAAAGUAAAAUUGGAGACCAGUUCUCAGAAAAGUAAAGCAAGUGAUUCAGAAAUGCUACAAGAAAUAGACCAAACUGAAAUGGAAACUACAAAAAUUUCUGAGAAGAAAGACCAAACUAAGGAAGAAAGUACAGUGCUUAAAGAAAAACCUGAAGUUGAUAUGACCUCUUCAGAUGUAGUUGCUACAAAAGAAAAAGAUGAGAAAGGAAUGCUUAAUUCUGAAAGUAAUAAGCCUAUCAAGGAAGAACCUAUGGAGAUAGAUGAAGUAAAAACAGAUUCAUCCACAAGAUGUGAGGAAAAUUCUUUUAAAGCAGAUGUAAUUAAUGUCAGUGAGGGUUUUCAUCUAAGGACUAGUUACAAAAAGAAAGUAAAAUCAUCCAAAUUAGAUGGACUACUUGAAAGGAGAGUGAAGCAGUUUACAUUGGAAGAAAAACAGCGCCUUGAAAAAAUGAAGCUGGAAGGAAAGACUUCUGUAGGUCCCCUGAAAAGCAUGGCUGAAUCAUGUGUAUUAGUGAAAGCAAAAGAGGGGGGUCAAGCCAACAUUACUGAUCAGGAGAAAACACAGGGUUCAGAUAGUAACAGAACAGAAGAUCUAAUUCAAGAAUGUUCACAAAAUAAUGAAAACUCUACUAUUAGGAUCAGUGGCUCUGAUGUAACUUAUACAGGUAAACAUUCCACAAAAGGUCAGGCACUAGAAAAAGUCUCCAUUCAGAGCCCAGAACCAGACUUCCAGAAACAAAAUUCUGUCAUCAGUGAUGUAUCAGAACCUGCAAUUGCUGAUAAAUGUCAGAAACAAGACAGGCUUAAAGCAAAAGAACAUGAUGCCCUCAAUGUGGAUGACCAACCAGUCAGUCAAGAUGAAAAAAGUAUGUUGGCCACUAAAAAGGAAAAUGAUUUCCUGCCGGUAAAUACCACUGUUUCUCUUUCUGAAAGUGUUUCAGAACCAGUGGUUCAUGAAAGUACCUGUGACACAGAUGUUCCAGCUACCUCUGAAGCAGCAGCUUUGGGAGAAAAAUAUGGAAAACAGGCAUGUGACUCUGAAAAUAAUAGCACUUUGGAAAAGAGCUCUGAAUCUUUAUUCACUCAGGACAGUAACGAAGAGGAUGUGCUUGCACAGAACAGCCAUAAAAGUAAUUUAAAAUGCUCCAUAGGGAACCAGGAACAAGUUCUUGAAGGUCUAAAAUUAGUUUCAGACAUGUCUUCUGAAAAGCAGACUCUUGAACCCAGAGAAAAAGCCAGUGGUGAUAUGUUGCACUGUAAAAUAACUGAAGCUAAUGGUGAAAAACCAAGUCAAGAGCAGAAAUUAGAGAGCUCAGUGAAUAAAUGUCAUCAUCAAAUAAAUCUAAAGAACAUAAUAGACAAAAAGAAUAGCGAAAAUGGAGAUACUGAGAAAAAGGGAGAGAAAGAAAUAGCAACUACAUUUCAAAUUAAUGGGAAAGAUAACGAAUUUAAGGUAUUUUCAAAAGAUGAAUACGUGAAAGAGAUCUCUGAUAGUAAGGUAGGAACCGGUAAUGUUGAACCAAAGGUUAAUAGUAUUAAAACAAUUCCUGAACAUGAGAUCAAGCCAUUAAUUGUUAAGGAAGCUCCUGUAAAGCCAUUCAUGAAUGGAGAUGUCAUCAUGGAAGAUUUCAACGAAAAAAGUAACUUGAACACAAAAUCAUGUUUACUUAGUUCUUCAGAUAUUGAUGGUAAAUACCAAGGUAACGUGGAAAAUCUAACCUCAAUCAAAGGGCCCAAGAGUAUGCAACAUUUGGUUGAAAAACACCAUUCUAAUGAAAAAGCUGCUUCUGUUGAUGGUCCUUCCAUAGCAUCUUCACCAUCGUGUAAAGAGAGCAGCUCAGUUAAUCAAGUAGAAAAUAUGGAGGUUGAAACCUCAGAAAUUAAAAAAGUUCCUCCGUCACCUGUUACUUCUGGUGAAGAGUCUAACCUAAGUAGUGAUUUUAAUGAUCAGAAUGGUGUGCCUGCUAACAAAAUGGAAAAUGGCAAUGGAAAUGCUACAAGAAAAACAGUGAUCACAGAAGUCACCACAACAACAUCAACUGUGGCCACAGAAUCAAAAACUGUGUUUAAAGUUGCAGAAGUAGUGGCCUCCCAAGGUGAUCAGCAAUCGGUGGUCUCCUCUACUGAAAAUUGUGCCAUGUCCACUGUAACCACCACCACUACUACUGUUACAAAACUGAGCACACCCACUACUGGCAGUAAUGUAGAUGUCAUCUCUGUGAAGGAGCACAGUAAAACUGUUGUUACAACAACAGUCACUGAUUCACUGACCACUCCAGGGGGCACAUUAGUAACAUCAAUGACUGUGAGCAAAGAGUAUUCUACAAAAGACAAAGUAAAACUAAUGAAAUUUUCCAGACCUAAGAAGACUCGUUCUGGCACAGCUCUGCCAUCCUAUAGGAAAUUUGUUACAAAGAGCAGCAAAAAGAGCAUAUUUGUUUUGCCUAAUGAUGACUUGAAAAAGUUGGCCAGAAAAGGUGGCAUCCGAGAGGUACCUUGUUUUAAUUACAAUGCGAAACCUGCCUUGGAUAUAUGGCCAUAUCCAUCUCCAAGACCUACUUUUGGUAUCACAUGGAGAUAUAGACUUCAGACAGUAAAGUCAUUGGCUGGAGUAAGUCUUAUGUUGCGGUUGCUCUGGGCGAGUUUAAGGUGGGAUGAUAUGGCAGCCAAAACUCCUCCUGGGGGAGGGACUACUCGAACAGAAACAUCAGACACAGAAAUUACAACAACUGAAAUAAUUAAGCGAAGAGAUGUUGGUCCAUAUGGCAUUCGAUCAGAAUAUUGCAUCAGGAAAAUCAUCUGUCCCAUUGGUGUUCCAGAGGCUCCAAAGGAAACGCCUACACCUCAGAGGAAAGGGCUUCGAUCAAGUGCAUUGAGGCCAAAGAGGCCAGAAACACCUAAGCAAACAGGCCCUGUUAUAAUUGAAACCUGGGUAGCAGAAGAGGAAUUGGAGUUAUGGGAGAUCCGGGCAUUUGCGGAAAGAGUGGAGAAGGAAAAGGCGCAGGCAGUUGAGCAGCAGGCUAAGGUUAGUGAACAGAAGAAGGCCGAGGAGUUCAAGGCCCAAAUGGAGGCUCAACUAAAACAGCAACGAUUGGCUGCCCAGCAGAAACGAUUGGAGCAGCAGAAACAGCUACCAGCAGUAAUUGCAGCCUCUACCACUACUACAACAAACAGUACCACCAGCACAGUCUCCACCCCGCAGAAAGUUGUGGUAGCCCCUAUAAGUGGCCCAGUUACUACUGGAACCAAAGUGGUACUCACAACUAAGGUUGGAUCUCCAGCCACAGUGACAUUCCAGCAGAACAAGAACUUCCAUCAGACAUUUGCUACCUGGGUUAAACAAGGCCAGUCAAGUUCAGCCACCAGCACAGCUGCUACAUCUGCUACAACCAUUGCCAGCACAGGUCAGACGUUCCAAAUUACAGGCAGUCCAGUUACUAUGGCAGGAAAAGUAAUUACCAAACUACCGCUUCCUGCAAAUAGCAAGAUUGUUGCUGUAAAUGUGCCAACAACACAAGGAGGUGUUGUUCAGGUUCAACAGAAAGUCCUGGGUAUCAUUCCAUCAAGUACAGGUGCAAGUCAGCAAACCUUUACUUCAUUCCAACCAAGAACAGCUACAGUCACUAUUAGACCAAACACCCCAGGCACUGUAGGUACCACAAGUAACUCACAGGUAAUCACAGGGACUCAGAUCCGUCCUGGUAUGACAGUGAUUAGAACACCACUCCAACAAUCAACCCUAGGAAAGACAAUUAUUCGAACACCUCUGAUGGUACAGCAAGGUAUUCUUCCAGCCAGUCAGACUCAACAGGUAGUAACUCAGAUCAUCAGGGGGCAGCCUGUUUCCACUGCAGUGUCUAGUCCUAGUGCAGCAUCUUCAAGCUCUGGACAAAAGGUAGUAACAUCAGGAGCACCUGUACCACAUAUACAGCCUCCAUCCUCCACCCCACAGCCUCCUCGGCCACAGCAAGGACAAGUGAAACUUACAAUGGCUCAGCUCACCCAGUUAACACAAGGCCAGGGUGGCAGUCAGGGUUUGACUGUUGUAAUUCAAGGACAGGGGCAAACUACUGGACAACUGCAGCUGAUUCCUCAAGGGGUAACAGUGAUUCCAGGGCCAGGCCAACAAUUAAUGCAAGCUGCAAUGCCAAAUGGUACCAUUCAGCGAUUUCUUUUCACCCCUUUACCUACGACAGCUGCAGCGGCCAGCACUACAACAACAGUUUCCACCUCAACGUCAGCUACAAGUGAGCAGAAACAAACCACACAGACUCAGGCUCAGCCCAUCCAAACCCUGCCAUCAGCUCAGCAAUCAGGUCAGAGUCAGCCACAAGCCCCACCUCCUACUGUUCAGCCUCCAGCUCAGCCCCAGCCCCAGUCCCCGAGCCAAGCUCAGCCCCAGCCACAAGCCCAGCCCGAGGCCCAGACUCACGCUCAAGUCCAAACCCAAGCAUCGGCUUUGUCCCCCGUCACUUCUGAAGCACAGCCCGUCCCAACACAUUCAGACAAGACUGCAGUCACAAUACAAUGUCAGUCUCAAAGCCAGGUCCAAGGACAGUCUCCGGUUCGAGUCCAGAGCCCACCGCAGGCUCGAGUGCUUCCACCAGCUUCAUCCAACGGACCCACUGUGUGUCAAGCCUUGGUGCAGACAACAGCUUCACAACCAGUUCAAAUUCAGCCACAUACGUCGAUUCAGAUUCAGUCCCAAGUACAACAGCCAUCGCAGCCCCAGCUCCAAUCUUCCAUACAAACUCUCCCAACAACACAAACUUUGAAUCAAGUUACUGUAACCUCCCCGUCCCGUCCUCAGCUCCAGAUCCAGCAGCCGCAGACACAAGUCAUUACUGUGCCUCAGCUACAACAGCAAGUUCAGGUUCUCUCUCAGAUUCAGUCACACGUCGUGGCUCAGAUACAGGCUCAGCAGGGUGUUGUUCCUGGGCAAAUCAAACUUCAGUUACCUAUUCAGAUUCAGCAAACCAGCCCUGUACAGGCUCACCAGAUCCAGAAUGUGGUCACUGUGCAAGCAGCCAGCGUACAAGAACAAUUACAAAGGGUUCAACAACUCAGGGAACAACAGCAAAAGAAGAAACAGCAGCAGAUAGAAAUUAAACGUGAACACACCCUCCAAGCUUCUAAUCAAAGUGAAAUCAUCCAAAAACAGGUGGUGAUGAAACAUAAUGCUGUGAUAGAACACUUAAAACAAAAAAAGACUAUGACUCCCGCUGAAAGAGAAGAAAAUCAGAGAAUGAUAGUCUGUAACCAGGUGAUGAAGUUUAUUUUGGAUAAGAUAGAUAAAGAAGAAAAACAGGCAGCUAAGAAACGAAAACGGGAAGAGAGUGUGGAACAGAAGCGUAGCAAGCAAAACGCUACCAAGCUAUCAGCUCUGCUCUUCAAACAUAAAGAACAACUCAAAGCUGAAAUAUUGAAAAAGAGAGCACUACUAGACAAAGAUCUUCAAAUAGAAGUGCAGGAAGAGCUAAAGAAAGACCUCAAUAAAAUUAGGAAAGAAAAGGAGAAAGCACAGGCUGCAGCUGCUGCAACUGCAGUAGCAACCCCACCACCACCGCCACCACCACCAACCCCACCAACCCCACCACCUCCACCGCCACCACCACCACCACAGCAUUCAGUCAAUGUCACAUCAACUCCGAUAUUGCCCAUACCUAUAUCUUCCCAGAAAAGAAAAAGAGAGGAGGAGAAGGAGUCUUCAGCUUCCAAAUCCAAGAAAAAGAAAAUGAUUUCCACUACCUCAAAGGAAACUAAGAAGGACACAAAGCUUUACUGUAUCUGUAAAACGCCUUAUGAUGAGUCUAAGUUCUAUAUUGGCUGUGAUCUUUGUACUAACUGGUAUCAUGGAGAAUGUGUUGGCAUCACAGAAAAGGAGGCUAAGAAAAUGGAUGUGUACAUCUGUAAUGAUUGUAAACGGGCACAAGAGGGCAGCAGUGAGGAAUUGUACUGUAUCUGCAGAACACCUUAUGAUGAGUCACAAUUUUACAUUGGUUGUGACCGAUGUCAAAAUUGGUAUCAUGGGCGCUGUGUUGGUAUUUUGCAAAGUGAAGCAGAUCUCAUUGAUGAGUAUGUCUGUCCACAAUGCCAGUCAACUGAGGAUGCCAUGACAGUACUCAGUCCAUUGACAGAUAAAGAUUAUGAAGGACUAAAACGAGUGCUACGUUCCUUACAGGCUCACAAGAUGGCAUGGCCUUUCCUAGAGCCAGUGGAUCCUAAUGAUGCACCAGAUUAUUAUGGUGUUAUCAAGGAACCAAUGGAUCUUGCCACUAUGGAAGAAAGAAUACAGAAACGGUAUUACAAAAAGCUGACAGAAUUUGUGGCAGAUAUGACCAAAAUUUUUGAUAACUGUCGUUACUACAAUCCAAGUGACUCCCCAUUUUACCAGUGUGCAGAAGUUCUUGAAUCAUUCUUUGUACAGAAAUUAAAAGGAUUCAAGGCAAGCAGAUUGUGAUAUCUUUAGUCUGAACUUUUUAACUGGAAUCAGAGCUGGAUGUUGGGGGUCACUCAUUCUUUCAUUGUACCAUGUCAUAUACUUAAUUCAAACCCUGCCUCCAGAAAGUUCAGAUUAGUUAACAGAGUUUUUAAAUGUUUUAAGAUGUAUCGCAGUAAGCAAUCAUUUCCUAGCAGCCAUGUUGAACAAUGUAUUAAAAAAAAUUAUUGUAAAUUCUGGGAAUACUGUAUUAAAAAAGUCUUGCAACAUAAAGUCUGUUGGCUUAGUUAGUCCUGGAAACUCUGUACAGUAUUUUCAUCAUACUAACUACAGUUGUGAAUAAAACUGUGAAGUUUAGAAAGGAGAUUGUCUGAAUUUUUAUUAGAAAAAUGUGAUUUUAAUUACUGUUAAAUGUGCUCUUUUUUUACAUCUCAGAUUUCCCCUACCCCCAACAACCCAUAUCAAUGUAAAUUAGUUUGUACAUAUUUUUUAACCACAAUGAUGAUACUUCUUGUAAAUGUCUUUUUCCCUAUGGCUAAAAAUUUUGUAACCUUUAUUAGUAAAAUAUAUUUUUAAGUCUUGGAAUUUUCCAGAAAAAAAAAUCAUGUUUAGUGUACAGUAAAAAAUUUUAAUUCAGUAGGCUAAAAAAAAAAUUUCUGAAUGUCAAAAAUAAUUGUCUCCAUAGUAUUGGCUGCUUCCCCUCCGACUGAUUAACCUUGGUUGGCAUAGGCUUAGAGCCUCAUUGUUCUCCAAAAUGAAGGGUGCUUAAUUGUUCCCUUUUUUCUGUAUUCUGCAGGUCUCAUAACAACAAACUGCAGUCUACAGCUUCUUAGAGUUCAGCGUGUUAACCUAAUGCAAAACACAGCAAGAAUCUGGUUAUCUGAAAAGUUUAAAAUUAAGAAGCCAGGAUGUUUUUAGUCAGGUUCUCCUGACAAGACUUGACCUAAACUUCGUUUUUAUUGGUCACAAAAGUCAAAUUAUAUUCUUGGCCUGUUUUGUCCAGCGGACAAAGGAAAACAAAAUCAACACCAUAUUCUUGUCAAGAUCAAAUUGUUUUACUAUUGUGGCAGAAGCGAGAAAACUUUGUUUAUUGAAAGAGAGAAAAAGAAAGCAAGAAUAAGGAUAAAUGGGGUCAAGUUUUAACUCCAUGGAAAUGCCACGUCUGCUCUUCAGUGAAGAAGCUGGUUUAAAGUCACACAGAAAACUUUGACUGUAUUUAUUUAUUGUUGCAAAAAAGACGCUUUUUUUAUUGCUGCCCUCAUUUGUCAGCUAAUUAUUUUUUCUUAAAAAAAAAAAUCCAGCCCCGGUUACAUGUAAUCCAUUCUGUAUCUUAUCAUGAUUCCUGUAGGUAAAAGUACAAGAGACCUCUAGAUGUCUUUUCUUUCUAUGAAAGGAGCUGCUAUGUACACAUGUGCACACACACACACACACACACACACACACACACACACAUACACACAAAAAAACUGGGAAUCAACAAUGAGUUUAUUGUUCAUGCUAGAUAAAAAUUAAGCUUGCAUAAAGGUUGGGCUAAGUGGUCAUGGACUACAGACUCUGUUGCCUUGAAUAAAACAGUACAAUAUGUCAUUUACUCUGCACCAGACUGAAAUGAGUAAAAUCUAUUUGAAGGUAUCUUGUUUGUAAACAUUUGUCAGAUUCUAAUUUUUUUCUUUUUGUAUUAAAAUUCAAAAUAUGGAUGUAUAUGAAACAAAAUAAAUGGAGAUAAUUUUUCUCCCACAGAUGGAAGUGUCUUUGAAUGUGUGGUACUGAUUGUAAGCUUUGGUGGGGUGGAAAGGGACUCCAAAAGGGCAAUAAAGAACAGAAGAAACUAAAUAUGACUGUUUUCCCCAAGAAGGUGGCCCUGUCUUUUGUCAUUCCCAAUUCCUUAUUACUUCAAAAUAGUCAACAGGGGUGCCACACCUGCUGCAUCAAUGAAUGCUUGAGGUCCAUAUAGUGGGAAGCAGAGUAUCCCACAGGAAUGAAAGACUGCUUACUUAAGUCUAGAAUAGCUUGUGUUUGUGUUCUUCAGAGAAGGAAAGGUAGUAUGAAAGUGAAAUCAACUGAAGUUCUCCAUGCAAGUUUCUCUUGCUUUUAAUGAUCUGUGCUUACACUGCAUUUUUCUGCAUUAUAUUAACAGCUGUUAUGAAAUCUGCUGCUUGGCUUAUGUAGCCUUGCAAAAAUAUUACUAGGUUUUGCACUAAUUCACAUUAGCUUUGUCCUCCUAAGAUCUGGAGUUUGCCUGAGAAUUUUUUUAAAAGCCUUUCCCCAGGUUUAAUAUCACCCCCGCUAUGCAAGCCCCUUUCCAGUUCUUAGUUUCCUGAAACUAAGUGUAAGACAUAGCUAUGGAUCACAACUCUUUCUUAUUACAGGCUCAGGUGUACAGGUUAUUCUGGGGUUCAUUUUAUCUAAUAAUUAUUAGACCAGUUUUUUGUUUGUUUAUAACAGAUGUCACUUAAAGAAAACUGUUCAAUGUGAAAACAACGUUUAUGCUUCUUAAAAUAAUUAAGAUAAAAGUAGUUGCAUUAAAGUUAUGUUGUCUGACUUUUUUAAUGCUACAUAUUGUAUGCAUUUGCUGAUGCAAGAACCCUACGUUUUUAAUGUUAUGAAAUUAUUUUGCAUCUCAUCACAUCACAGUAUUUCUGUACUAUUUAUUCAUAUAUAUACAUAUAUAUAUAUAUAUAAAAAUAUAUGGAUUUAAUCAUUUAAAACUUGUUGCGGAAAGAACUUUCCUACCCGUAGGCAAUAGAUUGCUAUGUUUUUAACAAUUGUGGCAAACUCUAAAGAGUAAUUUUUUGUACUUAAUAGGACAUUUCAUCCUAGACAAAUAAAGUAAUGUUUUUGACAUUG